UGAUGAUACUAAGGAGCUGCCCACAGACCAGAGCUUUGGGAGAAGAGGCAGCACUGGAGUGGGGGAUUGGAUCAGGGGCGGACUGACAACUCAUGGGGCCCCCGGACAAUAGGGGAUCAUGGGGCUCCCUGUGUCCUUGCCCAAACUCAAAAAAGCCUAUGAAAAAGGUACCAGGGGCAUCUCAUGGGGCCCCCUACUACCCCGGGCCCUCGGGCAGUGCCCGAGUUUCCAAAUGGUCAGUCCGCCCC